GGUGGAGCUUAAGCGGGUGUGUGCACCUGAGCGCAAUCGAAAGGGGGGGAUGGGCGUCUCCUAAUGGAAGUAUAUAAUAGCACCGCCCACUGGUGUUCUUUCAGAGCUGGUUCGGCUGGUCAGUUGUUGCUGCUGUUGUUGUGAGGCUACGAAACAGUAAUCAUGUCUGAUAAGCCCGACCUGUCAGAGGUGGAGAAAUUUGAUCACCGCAAACUGCGGAAAACUAACACGGAGGAGAAGAACCCAUUGCCUUCGAAGGAAGAUAUUGAACAAGAGAAAGCGGAGGGUAAAAAAUGUUGACUGGAAUGGUUUACUCCGGUUUUCAGAUCAGAUUUCCUCUGGCUGCGGCACGGUCUGGCAAUGACUGAUUCUACUCUCUGCAGAAUGAUUUUGUUGUAAAAAAAAAAGUCAUAAUGUUUAAAAGAUUAAAAUCACAUAUUUUCUUCA